UAUAUAAUCUUGCAAAAACUCCAAUGUCAGAUUAACGUCAAAACUGGUACAUUGUUGUCAACUGGCAUACAUGGAAAGUAUUUACAGUGAUAGUAAUACCGUAUGCAACAGACCUCUGUUUCUCUCUCACGCAAGCCGCGAACAUUGUUGCUAAAAGGGACGUUGAAUCACCAGCCUGCAGGUCUCCACAACCACACUGACACGAGGUUUUCUCCCAAACGCAAGACUUCAAACCUUCCCCUUUAUUUUCUCCUCUUCCACUUUAUACCUCCUAUUCGGUCCUACAUGUUCUGCAGCAAAGGGGGACAAACGCUGACCCCCAGUGGAAAAGGACUAUUAAGAAGAGUUUUUUGGUUUUUUUUUUUUUUUUCAGAUGACUGUAAUCAAUUGAUGGUUUACAGGAAAAGGAAUCUCUCUGAUCUAUCUCUCAGGUCUUCACUCGUUAUGGCAAAUGUUACACCUUUAAUGCCGGGGGUAAUGGCCGCCCUCAACUCAUAACCACCAAAGGCGGAAUGGGUAACGGACUGGAACUCAUGUUGGAUAUCCAGCAGGAUGAAUACCUGCCCGUCUGGGGAGAAACCGGUGAGUCAGAACGCCAUUUACAGAUUGAAAGGAUCUCCCGCUUCCAUUGCGGACUGGGCUGCACUCACACUGACUUUUUUUUUCCCAUUUGUCACUAUUCAGAUGAGACGUCGUUUGAAGCUGGGGUCAAAGUGCAGAUUCACAGUCAAGAUGAACCUUCUUUCAUCGAUCAGCUCGGUUUCGGAGUGGCUCCUGGAUUCCAAACGUUUGUCUCUUGUCAGGAACAGAGGCUGAUAUAUCUUCCACCACCUUGGGGUGACUGCAAGGUGACACCCAUGGAGUCGGACUUCUUUGACACGUACAGCAUCACGGCCUGUCGUAUUGACUGUGAAACACGCUACCUGGUGGACAACUGCAACUGCCGCAUGGUGCACAUGCCAGGUGAUGCACCCUACUGCACUCCGGAGCUCUACAAAGAAUGUGCUGAUCCCGCUCUUGAUUUCCUGGUGCAGAGAGACAAUGAUUUCUGUCUGUGUGAAACGCCGUGCAACAUGACCAGAUACAGCAAACAACUGUCCUUUGUAAAAAUCCCCAGCAAGGCCUCUGCUAAAUAUCUGGCAAAGAAAUACAACAAAUCCGAGCAGUACAUCAAGGAAAACCUCCUGGUGCUGGACAUCUUUUUUGAAGCACUCAACUAUGAAACAAUUGAACAGAAGAAGGCCUAUGAAGUGGCGGGAUUAUUAGGUGAUAUCGGUGGUCAAAUGGGACUUUUUAUUGGUGCGAGCAUACUCACCAUUCUGGAGCUCUUUGACUAUCUCUAUGAGGUGUUAAAGUACAAGCUGUGUCGCUGCUCCGACAAAAAGCACAAACACAGCAACAAUGAUCAGGGUACGGUACUGAGCCUUGAUGAUGUCAAGUGUCACGUCAGUAACUUCCACUAGUUGCCCAGAAUCUCAAGAGUCCUCACAGAUUCUGUUCAGUGCUACCAGCCAACAGGAAAAGUGUCUCAACUGCGUCGGACCUUUUGCAGAAGUGAAGAAAUAAGACACUCGGAUCGCAGGACUGCAGUGAGAAACACGAGUGAUUGAACCGUGUGGCAAUUUCUCAUAAAGGUUCUUUUGACACGUGCUGGAGC